AUGUUGCCAAGUUGUUAUCAGUUAGCGGUGGUGGACGCCCUAGUGAAGAAUACAUAGAUUAAAUAUCUUCUAAUUCGGGUUCCUCAUGCAUCUUUCAUUAUGAUUCUUCUAGAAAUUAAUAAUAGAAUCCUCGAGGAAACUCUUACCGUCAAGAUUAGGAAUUCGUUAAACGGUAACAAACCGGAGUCCAUAGAUGUAACUAUAGCAGAUUUUGAUAGUGUACUUUACCACAUUUCAAACAUCAAUGGAGAUAAAACAAAAAUACGGGUCAGCAUAUCUUUAAAGUUCUACAAAGAAUUGCAAGAGCAUGGAGCUGAUGAAUUGAUACAACAAGAGUAUGGUUCCUUACUCAUGCCAGAUCCAGAGUCUGGUUACAAUGUAUCUCUUCUUAUUGAUCUUGAAAAGUUACCUGAAGAUUGGCAUGCCUUUGUCAAGAAGAUAGGUCUACUUAAAAGAAAUUGUUUCGCUUCUGUCUUCCAGAAAUACUUUGAGUGCCAAGAAGAAGGCAUUGAAACAAAUAAGAGAGCUGUUAUACAUUACAGAGAUGAUGAAACAAUGUAUGUUGAGGCCAAGACAGAUAGAGUCACUGUUGUUUUCAGUACAAUUUUUAAGGAUCCUGAUGAUAUAGUUAUUGGAAAAGUCUUCAUGCAAGAAUUUAAAGAAGGCAAAAGAGGAAGCCAAACAGCUCCACAUGUAUUAUUCUCCCAUAAAGAACCGCCUCUAGAACUACAAGACACUCAAGCAAGGCAAGGAGAAAAUAUAGGAUAUGUAACCUUUGUACUAUUUCCCCGGCACACCUGUAAAGCUGCAAGAGAUAACACAAUCAAUUUAAUCCACAUCUUUAGAGAUUAUCUUCACUAUCACAUCAAGUGCUCAAAGGCAUAUAUUCAUACACGGAUGAGAGCAAAAACAAGCGACUUCCUGAAGGUCCUCAAUAGGGCACGACCAGAACCCAAUAAAGCUCAGGCAGAUAAGAAAACAGCAACGAGAUGGUUACAUGAUUAAUUCUGUAACUGUGAAGUAUGGGGCCGUUCAUUUGUGCGUUCCAACUGAUGCUGGGUAAUAAUGUGGUGUUUUAGAGUCAAUAGGAUAUACGUCUCCAUCUUUGCUGUGAUUGGUCACUGGAAGAUUCCAGGGGGUUGGGUUUGUAGCAGUGGUUUAGUGCAAGAGACUCUCUUCUUGCUGUGUGUCAUCCCCCCUGAAUUUCUUGAUUAUUUUUAUAAAGGACCAGUGAUAUUGGUGCUGCACUCUAAUCUCUACUGUAGACCAUAUAAUGGUGUGCUUGCGCUGCUGCCUUCCCAGGGUAGGGAAACGAUGAUGAUAAUGACGAAGGGUAGUCCAGAGUUAUUGUUAUUGUAUGCGGUGAUCACUUUAUACCCUUUGGUUUGUUUGUUUGAAACGCUGCACUUAAUUCUCUGCACAAAAGUGAAACCGAGAUUCAGGAGAAAAAAAAAUUUCUUUUGUAAAUCUUGUCAUACUUCUAUUUUUACUUGAUUAUGUAAGACUGAAUGCUUAGACAUGAGUAGCAUCCCACUGAAGGGUGACAGGUAUUUAUUAUUAUCAUUAUUAUUGUUAUAUAUAUAUAUAUUUAAAUUAUUUCUUCUUGUUAGGUCAGGAUUUUGCUUACCAUUAUUUUCAGAAAUAUUCUUUACAGAUGUGUGCAUUGUUAAGGAAGGUGUCAUGCCUGAUGAAAAGUUUAGUCUACUAUUACCAAGUCUACAUACUUUCAGUCUUAAGUAAACAAGAUAGCUUUUAAGGUUGGGGUGAAUCACUGCAUUUCCCACAAAUUAUUUUAUUUGUUGUAAUUUAUCUUCCUUUUUGCUUUCUUUCCUGACCUUUGUAUAUUCUUUAAGAAGCCAUUAUUGUAAAAUAGCAUUAAUAAUGAAGCAUAUUUUGUGGUAAGGUAUUGAACUUUUUUUGUGUCAGCCCCAGAAAAAUUUGCACUCAGGCAGGACACUGAGUUUCUUAUGUUUCAUUUAAAAUUGUUCUCUUGGAUUUGCAAUUCAGAUUAAUUUGGUUUUGGGAAAAAAAAAGUUUUCAUUGAUUACCCAUUUUUCAUUUUUGUGUUUGGCUUUUAAACUGAACAAGUUUCUUUUAUAAAGUAGGUUUUUGUUGAUAGUAGUAUUAUUUAUUUAUUAAAGAACUAAAGUGGUUUUGAAAUAGAUUUUUGAUAGCAUUGAAGGUUCCCUCUCCAUAUUUUUAGCUCCACACUACAAUACAAUAAGAAUGUCUGUUCAAAGUGAAACUUUUACCCACAGCAUAUGGAGAUGUGUUUCCUUCUGCUAUUCCUCGCCAUUGUUGAUGGGAUGGUGAUAUGCUCUUUGCCCAUCCUAUUGCAGAGCUUAUAUUUUUGGAGGCAAUGGUCCAAUUGAGGGAUUUCAUAUAUCAUCUGGGCUUCUUGUUUCAUCGCUAUGCAGAAUGUCUGUAACUUUCGAUUAAUGCAGUUCUCUAAUAGGAUGUUCUUGUUUUCCCCUAAAAUGGUUAGAAUUACCCCAGCCAUAUUUUCUGUUAUCAUGCAUCUUGCUAUAUUUACUUAAUGAGAAAAGGAUAAAAAAAAGGUAAUAAAACUUCUUGUAAGUAUGUUGUGUUUGUGACAGUACUUGCAGGUUACAUCAGAUAGUAAUCUCACAGUAUUAUUGUACAUGACCAUUAUGGCUGGCUUCGUUGUCAAUGAAUUCCUAUUUUUUGGUAAUCACUUCAUGUUUCAAACUCUUCCUCUAUGACCUUGAGAAAUUAUUAUUGCUCAUUAGAUUUCUAUUUGUCUUGAAAGUGCUUUGAGAAAAAGUUUAACAGUAAUAUAUCAUGUAUGUAGAAAUUUUGUAAAUAUAUGACGAUUACGAGGGUAAACAAAAUACUGUAAUGGUAGAGUUGCCGUUAAUAUAGUUAAUUGGAGAGAUGCCUUUCUCAUACAUUUGUUAAGAUAAUUUUGGAAUGUGAAUAUUGUAUAAUGUAUUGGAAAAAUUUAAAUGCAUGCCUUAUCCUGGUCUUUUCAUAUUAAGAUAACGUUAUUGUGAAAAUGGAAUAUGAACAUGAACUUGCUGUAUAUCAUAAAUUAAAGAACUUGCGUUAUUGGCCUGAUUGGUGGAUUAAUUAUUAGGUCUUAUAGCCAUGAAUUGUUUCGUGCCAUUUUUAUCUUUAUCCAUUGUUGAAAGUGUAAUGACGUAGAUAUUGGUGAAAAUUACCUUGGAAUGUAGUGUUUGUUGAGGUCUAAAUUGUUGUUUCAAUCAUGCUCACUUUCAAAAUUUUGUUUUUCAUGUCACCAGAAGAAAGUAGCCAAAGGUAGUUGUAGCUUUAUGCAGUCAUUUAGAUGACAUGCAUUGCUCAUUCCCCCACCCCCCUUAUUUUUUUUUUCUCAGCCAAUUUUUUCUUUCUUCCUCUGCCAAUUAUGAAUGCACGUUAGGAUUCCUCUGAAUGGCAUUAAAAAGCUGCUGAAAUUUGUAAAGUAGCUUAGUCCAUUGAUGGGGACGGGAGAAAACGCUAUGUAUGAAAGUAUAACUAUAGAGAACAUUGCUAUGACAAUGAUAUUGCUUUAAUAUUUUAUAUGUGUCAUUUGUUUAUUUGUUAUCAGUGAUGAAGAAGGCAUUUCCAUUAUGCUAAGAAUUUUUGUGAUUUAUGAUGUUGAAAACUGACUUUUUUUGGAUGUUACUGGUGAUUUUUUCAAGGGUAUGCAAAUAACACCUAUUUACAGGAGGGCCAAAUAAAUUUUGUUCAAUAGUAAAA